AUGACUGUUAUUCAUUCGAUCGAAGAUACUGGCAAGAAGAGAAAGGAAAGCACUUUGGCAAGUGAAGAGGAAAAUUCAGUCAAGAAAAUCAAGGAAAUUUCCACCUCCGAACAUGAUGCAAAGAUUGAUCAAUUAAUUUACCAAUCUUGUUCAUCAUCAACAGAACAAUCCUCAUCUGCUGAUGUCCCUUCUAUAUCUUCAUCUGCUCCAAUUUCUUCUGUACCUCUUAACACAACAGAUGAAGAACAAGCAAAUGAACAAAUUGACAGCUCCAAUUCUGAUCCAUCUUUAUCAACAUUUGCACUACAAUCAAAUGGCGCACUCAUUCCAAUGAUUCCUAUUCCUACCUCUUCCACUCUGAAUCCAAUCCCAACAGAAGAUGAUGAUGAAGAUUUAUUUAAUUUAGAUGUUUCAAUGUUUGUCUCAAAAUCAAAAUCCACAACCACAAACAUACCACUAACACUGAGUUUUGAAGAAAACUUAAAAAAGAGAAGAAAAGAAAUUGAAGAACAUGGAAAAGAUGCAAAGAGAUGUGAAGAGGAGAGGCAAUUAGGCAUGAAAUUGAAUCGAGAAAUUAAAGAUUAUGAAGCAAAUGGUGGCAAGAUUGAAGAGAAAAAAGAAGAAGAGAAAGAAGAAAUUGUGAGAUCUCUCCAUGAUCGAGAAUUCAUUGAAUUUAAGAAUGGAUUUAAGAGGGAAUUCUUGAGAUUCUUACCAUGUGAUAUUGGAAAGUUGGAUGAAUUGGGUGUAGCCGUUGAUAAGAUUGAGGCCAUUUUAGUUGAGUUGUUUCUAAUGGAAGAUGAAUAUGAUGCACAACAGUGCUUUGAAAUGUUGCAAAGUAUUGUUAGAUUUAGAACUAACAAUUAUGAGAUUUCAGACGAAAGUUCUGUAAAUAGUGGUGGGUUAGCCAAUAGUGAAACUAUUUCUGGAAGGUCAGGAAGUUGCAUUAGUUGUUCGAGUAGUUGUACUUGUGGCAGUUCAAUAGUUUCCAAUAUUUCUGAAAGUGAAACUAAUCCAACAACUAUUGUAACUCAUGACAAUAAGACUGUUCCAUUUGAAAACAUUGCUGAAUUAUCUUACAAUUAUCAAUCCAACUCAAAAUUCCAACAAGAAAAUAAGCCAGACGAAUCAAAAUCCAAGUCAACUCUUCCAGAAGAAAUCCAAAUCGACAUCAAACUCAACAAGUGGAGAAAAUAUUGUGAAAUUUUAUUCAAUCUCGGUUUUAAAAAGUUGAAAUCUCAACCAGUCAACCUCCAAAAAGACAAACAAUUUCUCAUGUUUGCUUGUCAAUUCGCUCUCCAUCAUUUACUCUGCUCUAGCUCUGUAAGAGCUGACAAUCAAUAUGAAAAUCACUUUUGGAAUUGUGAUAAGAAGAUUGAAUUUAAUAGUGUCUAUGUGGAGCCGAAUGAUAAUUUUGAAAGAUUGGAAUCUGGAAGUGGUCGUGGAGGAGAAAAAUUGUUUGGUCAACCUGAAAAUUAUUAUCAAAUUGAAAUUGAACAAAUUUCCUUUUUAUUUUCAUUAAUCGAUUCAGAAAUGGAGAAUGAAUUGGUUGUGAGCUUUUUGCAAGAUUUCAAAUUUGAGGAAAAAGUUUCUUCCUUCUCAACUAAUUGGAACGAAACUGCCAGUCAUUACUUUCCAUUUUUCUUUUUCAAGACAAUUUCCAGUUUAACUUAUGGGUUCAAUACUCAAAUCUAUUCAGUGGUUAGUAAGAUUGUAUUGCUCAUUAUUCGAAACAGUCUAGAUUUGGAAUCUUCCAUUACAACUGAACGAAUUUUACAAAUUCAAAUCGAGAUGGAAUUUACCCAAAAGAAGAUAUGA